GUGAUUGUUGUGCCUUGGGACCGCUUCACGAAUCAUGGCUGCGGUACAGCAACGCGUCUUAAACUGGCUAUACAGCGUGCUUACAAGUGAAUACCAAGAUGUCAACCGGACAUACCAUGACGUGGCCCAGGCCCUUUCACAUUACUCCAGUUUAAGUCCAAAGACAGAAGUUUAUACUUAUGAAAACGGCGUAUCCGAGCUCCUGCUUCAACUAUCAGGCACUUUACCCGUCGCAUUUCGAGGGACCACCUAUCGAUUCCCAGUUACAGUAUGGAUACCCCACCAAUACCCACGGGCUGAGCCUGUGGUGUAUGUUUCGCCCGCAGAAGGGAUGAUGGUGAGAGCUGGCCAACACGUUGAUCCUCAAGGGCGCGUUUACCAUCCAUAUCUGGCUGGAUGGGCAGAAUUUCAUGACAAAUCUAACAUACUCGACUUCCUCGCUAUAUUACGAGAUGUGUUUGCGAAAGAACCUCCUGUGGUCUCCCGGCAAUCACAGAGUACUCCUGUUGCUUCUCCACGACCGCAAUCGAUACCCCCACCAGUUCCACCUCUUCCACCGGACAUGACAAAAUCUCCAACCCCUCACCAAAACGCUGGUGGUGCUCCCCAGCCUCCACCACCUCCCCCAAAACAGCAUGAACCUAUCGCACAGCGACCUCAAACCCAGCCUCAACCACCACAAACAGGCAACUCAGGGCCGCCAUUGCCCCCUCUCCCUCCAUCUUCCAAUGCACGGGCAGCUCAGCCACCCACCCUUCACCAUGAGCCGUACGCCUCCAAUGCACCUCAACGCCAAAGUAACCUCCGUUAUGAGUCUGCUCCUCCACUGCCUCCGCAACCUCAAUCUCAUACAGGACAGCACUACCAGAGCCCACCCCCCGACCCCCGACAAGCACCUCCCCUCCAUGGCGCACCAUACGGAACACCCCCAACACAAUCUCACUAUCAACAACCUCCAAACCAACCCCAGCCACCACCACAAUACCCACAACAACCUCCCACCCCCCAACCGCAGCCCAAACCCAAGGCCCCCAUCCCCGACCUCCUCGACGACACCACCCCCCUCCCCGAACCCGCCGCCCCUGCCCCAGCGCCCCCCAUCCCACCCAACCCCCAAAAAGACGCCCUCCUCCACACCCUCGCCGUCGCGCUCCACACCGCGCGCCAAAAAACCGCCUCCCGAAACAUCGACACGCAGCACUCCCUAUCCGCGCAACACACUGCUAUGCUCACCGCUUUACACGCCCUGCAGUCUGAGACGGCGCAACUUGAGGCCCUCGAAGGGGCGUUGUCGUCUAAUACAGCGUCGCUGAAUAGCUCCUUAGCGUCCGCCGACGCGCUGAUCAAGCGCGCGCCGCAGAUGACGCCGCCGAGUAUUGAUGAUUUGCUCGUGGCGCCGACGGCGGUGGCGAACCAGUUGUAUGAUGCUGUGGCGGAGGAGCGGGCGCUAGGUGAUACAAUUUUCGUGCUUGGACGGGCGGUAGAAAAGGGGCGCGUGGCGCCGCAGACGUUUGUUAAGGUUACGAGGGGGCUGGCGAGGGAGUGGUGGUUGAAGAAGGUGUUGGUGCGGAAGUGUGCGAGGGGAUUGGGAUUGGAUGAUGGGAGUGGAUGGGGACGGGAAGCAGGUAGGGCUUAGAGAGCGGAUAGUUACGUAGGAAUGUCAUUGUUGUUAUGGUUUAAGCCUUC